AUGGCUGCCGAGGCGACGAAACACUGGCAGCAAGUAGUCAAGGAGAGAGGUACAGAUUCAACAGGGCCAACAAAAGCUUACCACUACCAUGAUCUAGCGUAUGCUUUGUCGCAAGUCCCUAUGGGCAAGCCACGCAAAUUGAAAGUGAUUGUCGCAGGAGCAGGCAUCAGCGGCCUGUGUUUUGCCCACGAAGUGCAGUCUGGGUCAAUCCAAGCGGUGGACUUGACGAUCUACGAAAAGAACUCAUCUGUCGGAGGCACAUGGUUUGAAAACAGGUAUCCGGGAUGCGCCUGUGAUAUCCCCAUUCACAACUAUCAGUUCUCAUGGGCCCCCUAUCCUUAUUUCAGCUCAUAUUAUGCCGGCUCCGGGGAGAUUCGUAACUAUCUAGAGAGAGUUGCAGACCAGUUCGAGUUGCGCCAACACAUUAAGACUUCGCACAAGAUUGUUGGAGCAAUGUGGCAGCCAGAUCGACAAAGAUGGCACGUUACUGUUCGUCGUACUGACGGACGAGAUCUUGUGGUAUCCAGCCGAACGGAGGCUGAUACCGAGGCUGGAGAGACGUUUGUCGAAGAAUGCGAUAUCUUUGUAAAUGCGUGUGGCUAUGUUAAUGACUGGAGGUGGCCCUCCAUCCCUGGGAGACUCGAAUUCGAAGGCAAAAUGUAUCAUUCAGCGGCUUGGGACCCGAAGGCGGAUCUGAUUGAUCAAACCGUGGCGUUGAUCGGGAAUGGCAGCAGUGGCAUCCAGAUUCUUCCGUCCAUCAUCGACAAGGCCAAGAAGGUUUACGUUUUCAUCCGCAGUCCAACCUGGAUCACCGCUGGCUUUGCUUCCAAAUUCGCUGGACCUGGCGGAUCCAAUGUGAUUUUCAGCGAAGAACAAAAGAAGCAUUGGGCAGACAAUCCUGAAGCGUACCUUGCAUAUCGCAAAGAGGUUGAGAUGGAGCUGAAUUCACGCUUCCGUCUUUACAUCAAGGACACAGAGGACCAAAAGAAUGCACAAAAGUUUUCCACCAAGGCAAUGGUGGACAAGUUGUCGCAGAAGCCGGAGCUAGCAAAGCUCCUCUUGCCCGACUUUGCUGUAGGAUGCCGUCGUCCUACUCCGGGCAAUGGGUAUCUAGAAGCUCUUUGCUCUGACAAAUGCGAAGUGAUCUGGGGCGAAAUCGACAGGUUCACUCCCACUGGCCUCCGCUCUGCAUCUUCCGGUGAAGAAGUCACCGUAGACACCAUCAUUUGCGCCACGGGCUUUGACAUCAGCUUCUCCCCUCGAUACCCGAUUAUCGGUCGUAACGGUGUCAACCUUCAGGACAAAUGGGACAAGAGUCCAGAAAGCUACCUGUCCGUCCUCGCAGAGGAUAUGCCCAACUAUUUCGUGUACUUGGGUCCCGCAAGUCCGAUCGGCCACGGAAGUUUGGUUGGGUCGGUAGAAAUCAUCACCAGCUACAUUGGAGACCUGAUUAAGAAGCUCCAACAAGAAAACUAUAGUUCCUUCUGCCUUAAGCCUGGCCUCGCAGCGGCUUGGAAGAAUCACUGUUUGGCUUGGCUGGAGAAGACGGCAUGGAAUUCUCCUUGUGUGAGCACUUAUAAAAAUGGUACGAAGGACGGGAGCCUGGUGUCCUUGCACGGUGGUUCUCGACUCCACUAUUUCUCUUUGUUGAGAAGAAAACGGUACGAGGAUAUAGACUGGACCAGCCUGUGCUCGGACCUGCCUUUUGCCUGGCUUAACAAUGGUUUCACCGUGGAGGAAACUGAUGACAGAGAGAAGUCGGACCUGACGUGA